AUGGUACACGGCAAUAUACCGAGCGUAUAUAAAUAUAACUUUUGGGCGGAGAGGCCCGGGGACGCGCACGAGCCCUCAGUGGUUGAACUCACGUGCCUGAUGCCAAACGGUGUUGUCAUACCGUUUGAGAUCAAUCGCAAUAUUACCUUAGAUCAGAUCAAGGAGGAUCUGUGGGAUGAGGCUAGUAAAUAUCCUCUUCAUGGAACAUUGAAAGACGCGCCGUCAUAUGUAUUUUCGUGUAUUAAUUCGAACGCAGAGAUAGAAGAAUUGCGGGAUGAAACGAGACGUCUCUGUGAUAUAAAACCUUUUUGUUCGGUAUUAAAAGUUAUAGAACGGGAAGGUAUAAAAAGUGAUAGGAAUUUAGAUUCGCAAAUUGGUGUCCUAAUCGGUAAGGGAUUGCACGAGUUCACUGCCCUGAAGAAUUCUGAGGUCAACGACUUCAGAUGGAAGAUGCGGCUCCUGGGAGACGAUGUAGCGUUAAGUAGACAGAAAAGAUGCUGGACGGAAAAAGUGCAUUAUCAGUUUCCUUCUAGGAUAGCGCCGACGUCUACCGUACCUAAAAAUAUUGAGAGCCGUUUAAAGGACGGCAAUAUCGUCUUAUUUACUAAAUUCGAAAAGUCAGAGGUUACAUUUACCUUUCAAAUAGUACAUACUACUACACCUCCUGAACUGAUCGAGGCAAUCCUGAACAAAAGGGCAAAUAUUCUUAAAACUCGCGGCGAACAACCAAACGAUUUUACGUUAAAGGUUUGCGGACAGGAAGAGUAUUUAAUCGGCGAUAAUAUUCCGCUUAUACAAUUUGGUUAUAUUCAAGAUUGUCUAGCGAAAGACGUCAUGCCUACGCUGGUUAUGCUCAGCAGACAGAGUGUACCUGUGGACCAAGAUAGCGCCUUCGACAAUCUGGACGUGGAUACGUUGCAACGUACGAAACCAUCGUCCUCUACAUUAACGUUACGUAAAAAGGGCAAGCAUAUCUCAGCGUGGAAAAUCGAAGAACCUUUUGUUUUCACCGUGAAUGGAAUUUCUCGCCUUAACUGUGAUGCCGCGCAUCGUACUGUAGAGAUUGGACUGCAAGCUGGCCUUUUUCACGGUGGAAAAUCCCUCUGCGAAAGUCAGAAAACCAAAGAAAUUAUUGUAAGUGCCGACGGUAGCUGCGAAUGGGAAGAAACUCUUAAAUUCGACAUUAAAGUCAGGGAUAUACCGAGAAUGGCACGGCUGUGCUUUGUAUUAUAUGAAAUCAGUAAAACUGCGAAGGGUUUAAAGAGCAGGAGACUGAUUAGGGAUUCGAAGCAGGAAUUUUUCAUAAAUCCUUUAUGUUGGGCGAAUACGACGAUAUACGACUUUAAGUCACAAUUAAAAACGGGUGCUAUGACAUUAUAUACAUGGACAUACGCGGAGGAUAUACAAAAUGAUGAUUUGCUUCAUCCCCUUGGAACAGUAGUUUCCAAUCCACAUAUAGAUAGAGGAGCUGCUCUCAUGUUAACAUUUCCAAAUUAUGGAAAGGAUCAAUGUGUCUUAUAUCCUACUCCGGAAAAAAUGGUGGAAUAUGCCCAAACAUUGCGAGAACAAUCUAAUGAGCGCUUAGUUAAAGAUGAAUUAAAUCAGGAGUCCGAUGUUGGUAGUCAACAGUUAGAACAAUUGAGAUUACUAGCCGACAGGGAUCCGCUACACGAAUUACAUGAACAAGAGAAAAAGACAAUGUGGACGUUGAGGCAUCAUUGUCUUCGUGAAAUCCCAACGCUUUUGGCUAAACUGUUACAAUGCGUUGAAUGGAACGAUCAUAGAGAAGUUGCGGAAGCCACAGCGCUUAUACAACAAUGGCCAAAACUGCCAGUAGAGAAAGCGUUGGAGUUGUUAGACUAUGCUUACGCUGAUCAAAACGUUAGAAAUUUCGCUGUUCGCUGUUUGAGAGACGUAACAGACGACGAUCUCAGUCUCUACCUGUUGCAACUGGCUCAAGUCUUAAAACAUGAGAAUUAUUUGGCAUGUCCUUUGACAGAGUUUCUUUUAAAACGGGCACUUAAUAAUCAGAGGAUAGGACACUUUUUAUUUUGGCAUCUCAGGUCAGAAAUGCAGGUUGGCGCAGUAUCCGUUCGUUUCGGUCUCAUAUUGGAAGCAUAUUGCAGAGGAAGCCAACAGCACAUGUUAUCGUUAUUUAAACAGAUGAAGUGCUUGGAGAAACUGAAGAGUGUUUCGCAGCAAGUGAAGCUGAAGAAGGAUCGUAAGGCGGCUCUUCAGGGUUUUCAGGACAUCAUCCUGGAACCGCACUGCCAGGAAGCGAUAUCCGAUGUCCUUAAUCCCCUUGAUCCAAGUUUCAGAUGGAAUCGCAUCAAAAUCGAAAAAUGCCGAGUAAUGGACAGCAAAAUGCGUCCACUCUGGUUAGUUUUCGAGAAUAGUGAUCCUUUUGGCGAUGAUAUUUACUUAAUUCUCAAACACGGAGAUGACUUGAGACAAGACAUGUUGACACUCCAGAUGCUACGCAUUAUGGACAAGCUCUGGAAGAAGGAGGGCUUGGAUUUACGUAUGAAUCCAUAUGGUUGCAUAUCUACGGAGAAUAGAGUCGGGAUGAUAGAGGUAGUCCUAAAUGCGGAGACAAUCGCGAAUAUUCAGAAGGAAAAGGGCACAUUUUCUGCUACGGCGGCCUUCAGGAGAGGUUCCUUAUUAGCUUGGCUAAAGGAUCACAAUCAUACGGAAGCGGCGUUGAACAAAGCGAUCGAGGAAUUUACUUUGAGUUGUGCGGGUUAUUGCGUAGCGACGUACGUUUUAGGAAUAGCUGACAGACAUUCUGACAAUAUAAUGGUUAAGAAGACUGGACAACUGUUUCAUGUCGAUUUUGGUCACAUUUUGGGUCACUUUAAGGAGAAAUUUGGAUUCAGACGUGAACGAGUACCCUUCGUUCUGACCAAUGAUUUCGUACAUGUCAUAAAUAAAGGUCAAACGAAGAAAGGGCACGCUGCCGAGUUUCAAAGAUUUCAGAAUCAUUGCGAGCAAGCCUUUUUAGUUCUGCGCCAACACGGAGGACUUAUAUUGUCUCUGUUUGCCAUGAUGAUAUCUACCGGUUUGCCUGAACUCUCGUCGGAGAAAGAUCUGAAUUAUCUUAGAGAUACCUUGGUCCUAGAAAUGUCUGAAGGCGAGGCACAAAAGCAUUUUAGAAGCAAAUUCGAUGAGGCCCUUUGCAAUUCGUGGAAAACGUCGUUGAAUUGGGCGUCGCAUAAUAUGUCCAAGAAUAACAAGACUACGUGAAUAGCAACAAUUAUCAAUAAUGUGAAAGAUUCUACGCACUUAAAAUUACUGUCACAUGACGUCAUCGAACGUUACAUCGCAUUAUAAAAUGUAAUGUUAAGACAUUGUGACACAUUUGACAAGCACAUCGCGUUUACUGCUUGUCCGAGGCUGGAGGAGUGCAAAAAAAUAAUAAUGCUGUCGUUUUCGACAGACGUCGUUAGGAUUGGAAAUCGACGACCGUAACCAGUAUUUGAGACUGUAUAAAGCGAUCAUUGCUGCUAAUAUUAGCGGACUCGUACUAUCGAAUGAUAAUUUAGUAAAAUGAUUUCUCGAGACUCAGAUACAUUCGUACGGUUUUUUAGAGCUCUACUUUGUGCAGCACAAGCAGUGUCUAUGUUCAAGUACUUUUCUUAAGGGGUUAGUGCACCUUGGAGGCCUCAAAAUCAUACCUUACUUUAGGAGGUAGUAAUUAAAAAAUAUAU